AUGCGGUUAAGGCCUCCUCGCCGUUGGCUUUUCCAAUUUUUGUGUACAGCAUACUUAACUCAACUGGCCAAAUCUUAUUGUGAAGAAGAUGCUUAUUGUGACGAAUGCGAAUUAGUAAAAGUGGGACAGCCAUGCAAUGACUUUGAUAGGCUACCAGUAUAUACAUGUAACAACGAUACCAAGAAAGUAGUUUACACACCUUCCAAAUACUUCAUGUGCGUAGAUGGCGAAGUGAUUCAGUUCGAUUGCUCAUACCGCAAUAUGCCGCCUGCGGUGUUCAACCAAAUCACAAGAGAAUGUGUACAAGAAGAGACGACAGAUAAUCACAUCAGAAGACGGAGAGCUACGACGGGAUCUUCCGUGUUGGUGACGUGUGUAAUUUCAACACUGAUUGUCAAAGAGGAAUGUUCUGUGCACUGUUGGCCAAGUAAGCGAUAUGGUGAUGCGAUGGAAGUCAACCCAGGAGAAUCAGGAUGCGUUGAGAAUCGACAGUGUGAAGCCGUUUGGCCGGGAACCACUUGUACUUCUGCUGGUCUAUGUGAAUGUCCAAAAGAGACUGUCCCAAGCAGAACAAGAGAUGGAACAGUGUGCAUAUCAUCUGCUCUACCACCCGCCUGCCCGUUACCAGAAGCACAUAAUGGAAAUCCAAAUCCGGCUACUGUUCUAGCCAAUCCAUCUACGCAUCCAUUGAAUCCAGGGAACUAUAUGCCAGUACUUUGCAACUCGCUUUCCUCCGAAACACGGACAUCAAACGGUGGGGAUGGGUCCACUUGGUGUGUGUAUCCGGACGGUGAACAGGACGUCUACAUUGCCGAUACAUACAAUUGUAUCAGCCAUCCACAAGUCAACAACGAUCUAUUUUCUGAAUACUCAGAGAAAGUCGAUGGUAUAUGUUGUCAUAAUCGAGCCUUUGUUUGCAUCCAACCUUUGGAAUCUGGAGAUGAGCCAUCUGUACCUAGAUGGUGGUACAACUCGGCUACAGGAACUUGUGUGCAAUUCAUGUGGGAUCCGGAUACCAUUACCAAUGCAUCGCCAAACAACUUCAGGACCGCUGAGCAUUGCGAAUCUUACUGUAGAGAUACAUGUCGUCGCGGAGGUCCAGAGUUCGCCUCUUCUAAGUUUUCGAUCCUUGAUGAGGUACCACGAACCAACUGCCUGGCAUCCACUUCCAGAUGUGACCAGGAUCACCAGUGUACAUUAAUCGGAUCCCAACAAACAUGUUGUCCAACAGCUGCCCAUAUCUGUAGUGCUAACGGAGGACGUCUUUUACUGACAAAACCACCAGAGAACUAUGAUCGUGGAUUGCAGAUUGCUGGACACAAAUCAGUCACCCGGUACUAUUACGAUAUCGAUCAAGGAAGAUGUGUAAAUUUUAUGUACCAAGGACUCGGAAACUAUAACAACUUUUUAACGAAACAAGAUUGUGAAUCGUUCUGCUCUAAGUUAGUAUGUGAAAACGGAAACCCUCUAAGGAUUGGGGAAGAAUGGCAGAGAUGCGAGACAAAUGCAGAUUGUCCAUCCUCUCAUUCUUGUCAAGGAAGUCACAAAGUGUGCUGCCCAACCGCCCAGUCACUAUGUACCCAACCAAAACGACUUGGUGACUGCACUUCGGCAGUUAGAAGAUAUUGGUAUAACGCAGCUACAAGGACUUGUGAGAUGUUCCAGUACACUGGGUGUCAAGGAAAUGAUAACAACUUCCCAACACUCGUGGCUUGUCAGCAGAGGUGUAGAGGAAUUAACGUGGAGCCAAAAUGCCAACACGGUCGUGCAUUCAGAGAUCGCAAUGGAAAUUUCCAGCAAUGCUCUGAUAAGCAAAAUGGACCAAAGUGUCCUGUAAACUAUGUAUGCUCUUUCGAUGGUACAACUCACGGAUGCUGCCCCACUAAAGCAUUUACCUGCUCGUUAAACCCAGACAAGGGUGUUCAGUGUGGGUCGGGACGGUCUUACAGAUACCAUUUCAACUCUAACAAACAAUCAUGCGAGUCAUUCCAAUACGAGGGAUGUGAUGGGAAUGCCAACAACUUCCUCACUUCGGAAGAUUGCCAACACUACUGUGGAGUAGGUGGAUGUCCAAAUGGAGGCAUGCCAUUGAGAGAUGAAGCUACGAAUAAACCAAUGAGUUGCUCGGAGAACAAAUCAUGCCCAUCUACACAUGAAUGUUUGAGUAUUCCUGUGAAUGGAAAUGUGGGAAAUCGCUGUUGCCCAACUAAACAACACAUUUGUAGUCAACCCCCUCAACAAGGAAACCAUUGCUCCAAAAUAUCUGUGGGCAGAUAUUAUUUCAAUAUCGUUACAAGGAUCAAAAAAUGUUUACAGGAAUGCGCAACUUUCCAGUACAAUGGAUGUAACGGAAAUUUGAACAACUUUGCUACUCAAACAGAAUGCAAUAAUUUCUGUAGUUCUGCUGGUUGUGCUGUCGGUGAAGUUGCGUUUAAGGAUGUGAACACAAAGAAAGCAUUCGACUGUAAUAAUGUACUCAUCAACAGCUGUCCAGCCAAUUUCCAGUGUAGAUUUAACUCCUUGACUUCUGGAUAUGUUUGUUGCGGAUCUACAAGCAUGGGUAAAUUUUAUUUUUUCAAUGUUGAUCAUUAUAUUUUAUUGUCAGAUGUUUGUCCAUCGGAAGAGCGUGCAUUCAUCAACUCUCUUGAUGAAACUGUUCGUGAAUGUGCUAUCAAUGUUCCUGGAAGUUGUCCAGCAGAUUUUCUGUGCAGAUUCAAUGCUCAACGAAAUAGAUACUACUGUUGUGCUCCAACAACUGAAAAUGUGUGCCCAGACGGUCGUGCUCUAUUCCGGGCCAAAAAAACCUUACUUCCCAUUAGAUGUACUCUGAACAAUCCCAACACAUGCCCAGAUGGAUAUAGUUGCCAGAGCAGAUCGAAAAAUGUGCUUCAAGGAUUCUGCUGUUCGGCAAGAAAUGUAUGCAAAGGAGAUUCGGAAUUCUUGAUGGACGAAAAAUCGAAAAUGCCUAGAAUCUGUACUCCAGGAGCAUUCAUCUCAUGUCCAGUUGGUUAUCGCUGUCAUAAACAAACCCCCUCCUCAAUGAGUGGAUUCUGUUGUCGUGGAGAGAUUAAUGCGAUAUCCGAAGGAUGCCCUCCUGGAGAAUAUGCGUAUGCAAAGAAGAAUGAAGUCGUUGCUUGUGAUCCAUUCAAUCCCGAAAACAAAGGAUGUCCGGCUACUUUCAGUUGUCAAUUUGCUGUCGCUUUCCAGAGAUAUCAGUGUUGUGGAAAAGACCCGAUUGAAGAGGAUGAGAUUGAGCAGGAGGAAAUACGAGUAUCUGUGGCUGAUUACCGCAUAUUCAUUCCCUCAAACGAAUUCCGAAAACACAAUGUCCGUUGCGGGAUCGGAAUGUCUCUUCAAGUAUCGUAUAUUGACAGUAAUACGGAAAUCAUGUUUCUUUCAGAACUCGGCUGCCCACAUUCUCAAGUUGCUCUAGUGAGCAAUGAUCACCCAGUAGUGUGCACGGCUUCUGGAGCAUCCUGCCCAACUGGCUACUUUUGUCAAUUCUCGGAUCGAAACAAACAAUUCCAAUGUUGCGGGCACAAAGCAGGAUGUCCAGGGGAGUCUGUUGCAUAUUUGGAUAUGACUGGAGGAGCUCAAGAAUGUUCUGUGAAACUAAGGAACUGUCCGGAAGGUUACAGCUGUCAGAAUGCAAAGCAAGGAAAAACUAUAUGCUGUACUGCUUCGAGAAUCAGUGCGAGAGAUAGGCCGACCUCGUCGAACUCAGAAAGUGUGACACCUUCUAUAACAAUUGCGCCAAUUAUUCUGAGUACUGGUGCUCUGAUUCCUACUAUAACCAUGCCAUCAUCAAUUACAUCUUCUGGACACACUGGUAAAUCUCUAUGCCCUCCAGAUACUGUAUUGGUUAACGGAGAAUGUAAAGUCAGAGGAGCCGUUGGUUCAGUGUGCCUUCUGUCAUCACAGUGCACUUCUGGAGCUGAAUGUGUCGGACAAUUGUGUGCAUGUGGAAAAAAAUUCCGAGAGCAAGAUGGGAGAUGCAUUCAGGUUGACACUGAUGGUCUCAUUGGUAUAGAAGAAAAGGGGGUGAAGAAACAGAAGUGUGGAGAGGACCAAAUUGAGAAAGACAAUACUUGUUUGGACAAAUCUCAAAUGGGUGGAUCCUGUACCUACGAUGAACAGUGUCAAAAUGGAACCACGUGCACUAUGAAAGUCUGCAAGUGUGCACCAGGAAGUUCGCCUUACAAAGAUAGAUGUUUAAACAAUGUUAACAUUUGCGAACAUCCGAAGCAACCAGUGAUUUCGUUAGAAUAUUCCAUCAUCCAGUGUGCCAAACAAAAAUGUCCGAAACCAUCUGCAUGUGUCUAUUCAAAGAUGAUCGGAUCUUACGUGUGCUGUUCAAAUGCUCCUAUUGCCAUGAGCAAAGUAGGGGGCGGCGGGGCUACUGUGAGACCAAUUACAGGGAUUCCUGGCAGAAUAGUUAGUGGAGGAAGAGUUGUAGCUAUUGGGUCUGUAUCAGGAGUUGGUGGAAAGUCGGUUUCGAAGUACACUUGUCCAGAUGGAAGAACCCCAAUGUUAUUUCCACAAAACAACAUGCCAUUGGUUUGUAAUCCAGUUAAAGGAUGUCCACAGGUACAAUUUUUGAAAACUAUAAAGUUAAACAACUUCCAAGUAUGCUAUACUCAGGGACACACGUGUACUAACAAAAUGUGCUGCCCGAAUGGACGGGUGAAACGGUCGGAACCAUGUCCGAGAGGAUGGCUGAUGGUGGAUAGGGAUGGUACAUCACAAUGUGAACCACAAUGCUCAACUCCAUGGUACUCUCCAAAUAUGUGUAAACCAUCAGAAGAGGAAUCCGAUCGACCAAGAAUGCGAUAG